AUGCUAAUACCAAAACAAAAUCCCAAAUAUCGUUAUCCUCAUCUUGUAAAAUAUGAAGGGAAGGCCAAGGGUAAUAAAGAAGUAAUUAGAAAAUUUUUGAAAAAAUUCAAAGCCGGACAAGUGAAAACUAACAUUUUUCCUCAUUUAGCCAAAACUAAGAAACCUUUGGAAGUUAAAGGAUUACCAAAAGAGGUUGCUUAUCAAGCAUUAACGGCCGCUAGUUAUAAACUACCGGUGCAAUGCAAGGUGGUGAAAAAGACUACGACUGAUAUUUAA